CAAACAAGUCGCGAUCGCGCCGCGACGAGGACGCCGACUGCCUCGCAAUCGUCGCGAAUAUCGAUAUAGUAACGUCGUACAAAGAGAUUUCCGUUUCUCUCUCUCACCCUCUCUCUCUCUCCCUUUUCCUCGGCACUUCCGGCGCGUCGAGUUUUCGCCGAAAUUUCGCAAACGCGUCUCGGAGCAUCCCCGCGCUCACCGCGCUCGUUAACGAACCGAAGUGUCCCCGGGUGCGAUAUAUCGUUCGCGCGUGCUACUUUUCAAAAUUUCACCUGCGCGAGAGAAACCGACACGAUCGGGCCAGCCGAACGAAACGUUCCACGACGAGUAAAGUAGUAAUCGAGCAAUUACGUUGGCUCGCGGUGCUUCCGCGGCUUCGUGGAUUAACGCGUCGCGCCGGCCGCGUAAGCGGCGCGAAUCGCUGGCGAAAACGGCGGAAUCGAGACUCGGCGGACAUUUCCGCGCCGCGGGGCGAUACAGCGAGGCCAGAAACGUGUUCAAUCGUGUCUACGCGAAUAAAUGACGAGAGUGUUGAAUUCCGCAGAUAUCCCGCGCCGCCGUCGCGCACCCCACGCCCGCCGGUGGGCACCGAGCCCGCCGCGCACGAAUAUAUAAUGGCGAAAAUGCCGCUCGACGGUAAUUAGCCGCUCUACACGGCGAGCCCAGGCGCGGCAAGUGCGCGCGAGAAGGUGACGACGCCUUUGGCUCCCGAUCCCCGUCGCGCCGCUGUGAUGUUGCCGCGAUGUCCCUCACCUCGGGAUCAAACAGAUGGGCCUCGAGAGCGAUCAUUAUAUUACAGCUGGCGACCUGGAACGCCGUCGGCAUCGUUCUCCUUCACCGCGGCGUCAGCACGCUGCGCAGGAGGGUCCUGGAGACCAGCUACGUCGCCGAGGCAGAUCCGCCGACCGGACUGGAGUCCGUCGUGUCGUCCACGGGACGCGACGGAAGCGAAUACGAUCUGUCCACCCAGCGGCAAUCGAUCGGCAAGAACGUGGAGAUAAUAAUUCAGAUCGAUCCGGACAGAUCGCCCGCGCGUGACGACGGGAAUCACUCUGGGCCGGGCACGAUCAGGAGCGAGCGAUUGAGAGACGCGUUCGAGAUCGUUUCGGAGGGGCAACGGCCCGCGCUCCUCCUCGCGGACCCUCCACCCGGGGUCCCGACGACCGCUCGAGGAACGCCAAGCUCGCAGCUGGGGCGGCUGGAGAACCAUUUAACGGAAACGGACGAUCGCUCCGAGAAGAAUGUCGUAACCAGCAAGGUCUCGAGGAUAGCCCGAGACAGGGAGCCUAUCCUCGGUAAAGAGGCCUCGCGGGACGUCCACGAGGAAGAGAACACCACUUCGAUCGCGGGAUCGAUCUCGACAAAAGAGAAGGAGGAGGGCGAGGCGACGGAGAUGGAGGAGGAUUCGGCGGAGAACGCGACGGUACGCGAAAGCAAUCGCGACCAGUUCUGGAUGGGCAAGAGCAACGUGAGGUUCUCCCGCUUCAGCGAGGACGGCGCGACGACGGCCAUCGCUCUGGUAGCGAUCGGCGCGAUCAUGCUGCUGGUGGGCCCGGUUGUCAUCGUGCUGCGGAUCCUGGACGAGAGGAGGCAGGCGAGGAAGCUGAUCGCGCUGUCGGCGAACGCGCGGGACGAUCUGCCGCCGACAUACGAGCAGGCGGUCCUCAUGGACGAGGCGCCGAGCGUCGAUAACAGCGAUUACAUGAGAAAUGGCGAUUUCGUACCCACCCGGCUACAGGCGCAGCAGGACGCCGUCAACUUGGUGUGCCACUCCAAGACUCGCUCGAAUCCCGAGAACAACGUCGGCCUCAUCACGCUCGCCAACGUGGAAGUGUUGGCGACGCUCACGAGCGAUGUCGGCAGAAUACUGUCCAAGCUCCAUCAGGUUCAGCCGAACGGCAAGCUGGCUCUCAUCACAGGCAUUAGAAUCGCCCACCUGGCGUUGAAACAUCGGCAAGGCAAGAAUCACAAGAUGCGUAUCGUUGCAUUUAUCGGAAGUCCCAUAGACAUCGACGAGAAGGAACUGGUCAAGCUGGCGAAGCGCCUGAAGAAGGAGAAGGUGAACGUCGACGUCAUCAGCUUCGGCGAGGAGAGCAUCAACAACGAAGUACUGACUGCCUUCGUUAACGCGUUGAACGGCAAGGACGGCACCGGGAGUCACCUCGUCACUGUUCCGCCUGGUCCGCAUUUAUCAGACGCCCUCAUCUCCUCCCCUAUAAUUCAGGGCGAAGACGGCAUGGGUGCGGCCGGCAUGAGUGGCGCCGCGUUCGAGUUCGGCGUCGACCCGAACGAGGAUCCCGAGCUCGCGCUGGCUCUGCGCGUUUCUAUGGAGGAGCAACGACAACGUCAGGAAGACGAAGCUCGACGAGCGCAGGCGAACGAGACCGCCGCGAAUAAGCAGCCGGAGACUAUAAAGGAAGCUCCCAAUGAGGAAGCUAUGUUGAAACGUGCCCUCGCCAUGUCCCUCGAAGGAGCGGACGACUCGACUGCCGCUAGUGAUAACACUGCACCAUGCAGAGGCAACGUGCCGGACUUUACUAAUAUGACGGAAGAGGAACAAAUCGCUUUUGCUAUGCAAAUGUCCAUGCAGGACCAACAGGAAUUGGAAUCGCAAAAGGAAGAAGCGAUGGACGUGGAGGAGGAUUACGCAGCCGUUAUGUCCGACCCUGCUUUUCUGCAAUCGGUCCUGGAGAACUUGCCAGGUGUGGAUCCGCAUUCUGAAGCCGUACGCCAAGCCGUCGGAUCGUUACAACAGAACAAAGACAAGGAGAAAGAGAAGGAAAAAGACAAGGAGAAGAAAUGAAAGGCCCCUUAGUGCAUUCGUAUUUACAUUUGUGGCUGAAUUUGACAUUUUCCAUUAUUGUGUAUGAUAUUGUAGCUGUUCUAUCUUGCUUAUGAAAUAUACUAUCAAUUUAUCGAAA